UUAUGUAUUUUAUUUUAGAUAAUGGAUAAAUUAUUGGAUAAAGAUGUCCAUCAAAUGUACAAAGCACCACCAUUAAGCACAUAUUAUAGCAGUUGUAAUCAGUCGACAACAGAGACAUCCUCAAAUCAGGGUAAUGAAGAUCAUGGAUUAGAAUUUACUUGUCCACCUGAAAUUGGAAGUCCACAAGAAAAUGAAGAUAUUGAGGCUAGUAUUUCUGAAGAUUUCAAUAUGCCUGAUGUUGAAAGUAAUCAAGUGACAAAUUUAUCUGUACAAGAAGUAGAUGUCAGAAAUAAGCGAUCUGUUUGGCAGAUGCACAGAGGAAAUGAAGAUAUGGGUGACCGUAGUGAGGGAGCAUCUAGUCCAGGUUGGGAAGAAGAUUAUAAAGCAUGGGAAGCUAAAUUUCGUUGUACCAACUUUAGGACCACAAAAAAGCAUUCUAGAGGAAUGGCCAGCAUAGAUAGCAGUGCUCCAGAAACAACUUCUAGUGAUAAUUCUCCUACAGUAGUAAGAAGAAGUACCUGGGUCAAAUCUGGAGGACCAGGUAGUGAUAGUGGUAGUAGUGGCGAAAGUAGCGAUUCUUUUGCAUCAAGUUCAUCUGACGAUAAAGUGCCACGAACAAAAGCAAGAGAAACUGAAAGUUUGCCACAAGUCAUUUUGACAACACGUUUUUCUUCGGAAGGAAUGGCUCGUUCAGGAACCCCAUCUACAAAAGUUGCCAGGUUUAAGGGAAAAAGAUCUUAUCCAAACGUUCCCAAUCAACCAAGUGAAGCAUCAGCUCAUUUCAUGUUUGAAUUAGCAAAGACUGUCCUUACUAAAGCUGGAGGUAAUAGCAGUACGGCAGUUCUGUUUACUCAACCUUCUGCUGGCCAAAACCAUCGUGGUCCUCAUCGAGCUCUUCACAUGUGUGCCUUUCAAAUUGGUCUUUAUGCCUUGGGUUUACAUAAUGCUGUUUCGCCUAAUUGGCUUUCACGCACAUAUUCUUCUCAUGUUUCCUGGAUUACAGGACAAGCCAUGGAAAUCGGAAAUUCUGCCAUUAACUUUUUAAUAGAGACUUGGGAAGGGCAUCUUACUCCUCCGGAAGUAGCAUCAUUAGCAGAUCGUGCAUCAAGAGGUAGAGAUCCUGCUAUGGUACGAGCUGCAGCAGAACUAGCUCUUUCUUGUCUACCACAUGCUCAUGCACUAAACCCUAAUGAAAUUCAACGAGCACUUAUUCAGUGUAAAGAACAAAGUAGUGAAAUGCUAGAAAGAGCAUGUUUAGCAGUAGAAUCUGCAGCCAAAGGUGGUGGCGUUUAUCCUGAAGUUCUUUUUGAUGUUGCUCGUAAAUGGUAUGAAUUAUAUGAAGAAAGUCUGGAAGAUCGCCAUAAUGAUGGAUUAUCAGAAACUGUAUCAAAUACCAUAGAAUCAGAAAAUUUGACAGAUGUGGUUUCAUCUGCAAGAACAGAUCAUGGCACAAUAGCCACUCACAAUCUUCACGUUGGCCAAGUCGAAGGCGUCAUUACCACAGCUCCAUCUGUUCAAGUUAUACCACAAUUAGCAUGUCCACCUGUCACUUAUACAUUAGCAUAUCCAACAGCACCAUAUGGUUAUAUGCAAAGUGUAACUCCAUUUCCACAUUCACCAAUGCCUUUACAUGCAGCUUAUGUUCCAUCUCCGGCAGCAUAUCCAUAUGGUGCUCUUACUAAUUUAUCUUAUUAUACUCCAAGUGCUACAAGUACAACUCAUCUUCGUCAUUCUACACCUGGAUUAUAUACCAACCAAGUAGUUGGAGUUCCGGUAUCUAGAGCUCAAUCUGUUUUACCUCUGGGUGGUCAUGCUGUUAUGGCUACACAAUCGCCACCAACUCCAGCAAUACCAUCUCAACAACAACAGAUACAAAAUCCCAUUUCACAACUCAAUCAGCAGCAGAUGGGUUAUUUACUUGCUGCUUAUCGAGUGGGCAUGCUAGCUAUGGAAACACUUGCCCGCAGAGUGCACGAUGAUAGACCACAAGCAAAAUAUGCUAGAAACCCACCUUAUGGAGAGGAUGUUAAAUGGCUCUUGAAUGUAGCCAAAAAAUUAGGUACAUCAUACCUGCAGGAAUUUUGUAUUUGUACAGUCAAUAGUGUAGCCAGUCCUUUUAUAUUACAUGAAAUUGUACUAGAAGCAGGACAUUACUUGGCCAGAUCUGCAUCUACACCAUUGCCUACUCCCAUGCGUUCUCAUCUUCUAACUCCACUCAUACAAAAGUGUCAACAGAUGUUCAUCGCCUGCACCCAUUUCAAGAUGUAUCACAUCACUCCUGGUGAAUAUGACGAGUUUGUUAACAUCAUCCGCAGUGCCCGGUCAGCCUUUCAGUUGACCCCCGGUGGCAUGGUACAAUUUAAUGAACUGCUUCAGAGUCUGCGUCGCUCCAAGUCGUGUAAGAAGGAGUUAUGGCAGCGGAUUGCUAAUUCACUAGCUACUGGAAGCAUUUGAUGGAUGGAUGCUAGUAGAUUUGCAACAAUAAGAAGCAGUAUGACCAUAAAUACUCCAGAUCAUACUUGUUUUAAAAAUUUUGUGAUGUUUGCACCAAUAUCUCUGUUGAACGUUUAGUGCAUUGAUUGUAGUUGUUUUUGUAAAGUGUUUCACUCUGCUGCCAUAGGACAGUCAUAGUUUAUUUCAGAAAAUUUUGUUAGUGCGCAGGUAAGCGGGUGGACGGAUUGUGUUUCAUUGGUGCGCAAGCACAUUUGUUACCCGAUGCAGACAAGCUCAUACCGAAGUACAAGUUUCCAUGGAAGAAUUAUUACCCCUCCCUCCCGUCCAGACUUCUCCCACCCGGCAUUUUUAAACCUUUAGACUAAAAUUUUGAUGUGCUUAACCCAUCUUUAGUUCCCACCCAUCGUGCCAGGUGGAAGUUACUUUUACUAAGAAAUAACUAUCAUAUGAUAUAAAUAUAAAUAAAAUAAAUAAAUAUAUAUAUAAAUAUAUAUAUAUAAAAAUACAUAUAUAUAUAUAUAAUUUGUUAACAUUGCUAUUGAACAGAAGGUUGUGGAGAAGAUGGAACAGCAAAGUGGCUUUUGUAGUUAUGUUUCCCCAUUUGUACUUAGCUUCAUACAUUGCAAAGUCCAACAAAAUUUAAAUAAUUUUAGUGUUCCUUCUGGGGAAGGCAUCAUUCCUUGUAAAGGAUACAUCUCUGGGCUUAUUAGUAUUUUUAAAAAAACUGUCAUUGAUCGAUUCCCAUCUUUUACACAACAGAAGAUUGUGCCGUUAAGAUUGCUUUGUCUGGAAUGAAAUGAACCAUUCUUCUGUUAAAUCUUUGACAAUAAACUAAUGUUGAUAUA